UGGAGGGGCGAUGUUGCUUGGGGGAGGACACCCCCGGAGGAGAACUGGAGGGCGGGAGAGAGUUUCCCUAUGAGCAACGCCUCCUCUCACUGGGGGGCGCCUCAGUGGCAGCAUGACCUGGAUCACAACACGUUUCAAAUUGACCCUGAAUCUCAGUACAGCCGAUCACCUGCCAUGGGACUUCCUUCUUCGAUAUCAGGUAACAUGACCAUGAGAUGGCGGGGAAUGUCCGUGAGGAGGAUGAGCAUGUUUUCCAGCACGGAUCCGGCUCACGCCGCGUUCACAGAGAACGCCAUCAAGAGCGAGAUGGAGAGCGAAGAACAAAACCUGAUGAAGGAGCUCGUUGCUCUGUCGACACAGGACCGAAUCCGAGCCAUCCGCGACCUUCCCGUGAGUUUCCAGGAGAAGAAGCACAUCAGGUCUAAGGUUCUGGCCUUCAGGUCCUUCAGCAGGUCCCAGCAGUCCUCCGGUUUCGCUGACUACACGGAAAACGUGUCGGUGACUCUGCGGAGGUUCGGGUACAGCAUCAAGUCUGCCAGACAGAGCCUGGAGCUGUGGCAGGGCACCCUGAAGGAGAUCGGGGGGAAGUUCGGCUCCAGCGUUCUCUCCUAUUUCCUCUUCCUCAAGUGGCUCCUCAUGUUCAACGUGUUUUCCUUCCUGAUCAACUUCGGCUUCAUCACCAUCCCGCUGCUGGUCCACGGCCCGUCGCCUUCCAACGUGACCUUCAGAGGACUGGAGAUCCUGACGGGGGCUGGUUACUUUGCUCAUACUGUCCUGUACUACGGCAGCUACAGCAACCAAACCCUGCUGGAACCGGUGGAGUACGACAUGCAGCUUUCCUACUUCUUCACCAUCGCCGUCUUCAUGGUGCUGUGUAAGAUCACCCUCAUCUACAGCAUGUCCAAGUCUUUCCAGGAGAACUACGUGCCGGCAGAUUCGUCUUCCAGCAGCGCCUGGCUGCUCCUGACCGGCUGGGAUUUCACCGUGAUCAAUGAGAAAGCAGUGAGACAGCGCAAAGACAACCUGCGAGUGCAACUCAAGGAGUCUCUAUCAGAAAGUGCUCAGAGUGAGCUGCUGACGCGCUCUGAAAAGCUGAAGCACUUCGGGGUUCAUCUGGGCUGCUGGAUCCUCUCCACCGGCUUGGCUGUCGGCUGUGGAGCCGGCGUCUAUUUUCUCUGCCAGUAUGAGCAGAAGGAAGCAGACUUCACCAGCAGCUCUCUGCUGCGGGAAGCCGAGACUCUCCUGGUUCCCUUCGUGGUGUCCCUGUUCAACCUGGUCAUCCCGCUCUUCUACUCCCUCUUCAACAAGUUUGAAGUGUACUCCAGCCAGCGCAGCCAGAUCUACACUCUGGUGGGCAGAAACGUCCUGCUCAGGAUGGUCAUCCUGGGUGUUUUGUGUCACUACUGGAUGGAUGUGGUGGCUGAGAACUUUCAGUGCUGGGAGUCCCGGGUGGGCCAGGCUUUGUACCGCCUGGUCCUGUUCGAUUUCUUUUUCCUGAUGCUCGGAUCCCUCUUUGGAGAGUUUCUUAGCAAUGUGAUCGGGACCAAACUGCUGCUCCAUCUGGGCGUCCCGGAGUUUGACGUAGCCAGGAACGUACUGGACCUCAUCUACUCCCAGACUCUGGCCUGGAUUGGGAUCUACUUCUCUCCUCUGCUUCCUGUCAUGCAGAUGAUCAAAUUAUUCAUCUUAUUUUACAUAAAAAAGGUCAGCCUGAUCCAGAACUGCCAGCCUCCACGGCGAUCGGCCCGGGCAGCUCAGAUGCAAACCAUCUUCAUCUUCCUCCUCUUCUUCCCUUUCUUCCUGGGGGCCCUGUCAGUGGUGGCUUACACCGCCUGGAGCCUGAGUCCUUCAGAACAGUGCGGGCCUUUCCGGGGCCUCAACAAAACCUUCAGUGUGAUUGAGAGUUGGAUGGAGGAUGUGGACGAGCUGCAGGGCUCUCGGUGGGCUGCCUGGAUCUACCAGAACAUCAUCCUGAGUCAAAUCUUCUUCUUUCUUGUCACACUCAUCGUCCUCGUCAUCAUUUAUGUCUUCUGGCAAGUCAGUCAGGGGCGCAAGGAGCUCAUUGGCCUCCUGAAGCAACAGAUUGUGAAUGAGGGGAAAGACAAGUCCUUCUUGUUGGACAAGCUGCAGAAACUGCAGAGCUCCAGGAAGAAGAAUCUCAAGCGGAAGAAGAAGAAAAGGCGUUUAAAUGAACGUACCUCUGGAGGUCAGUCCAACUCCAACGCCAUGGUUCAGGUUUUACUUGCUCGCCAGCAGCUGGAGGAAGAGGAGGAGAGGCGAAGCGGCUUGUCCGUUCCCUCCAACACCUUGGCAUCCGGCGCUCUAAAGCAGGCCAUGCUGGCCCGGCAGAGAGCCGAAGGGCAGACGGAGGACACGUAUCAGUGGCCUGAUCAACACACUUCCUCCUUCAGCGCCGUCACGCACGAGCUCGAGGCGGACGAAUAUUACAGCACGGCGGUUUACUCCCAACGCUCUGUCAGCACACCCAGCGCCUUCCCUCAGGCCAUGCAGGCCCGGCAGAGGGCAGAGAGCGACGGUGACAGCGACGACGACGACGACAGCGACGACGACGACAGCGACGACGACGACAGCGACGACGACGACUACGACGACGAGCCGCCGUCCACCGUGUCCGCCGUCAUGAUGCAGGUCAUGCAGGCCCGGCAGAGAGCCGAGGAGGAGGACGGCGCUCAGUGGGCCCAGGCCCCCCCACUGAACCCCGCUCCGUCAGGCUCCAGCGCCCUCAUUCAGGCCAUGCUGGCCCGACAGCAGGUGCAGAAUGAGUACGAUGAUGGCUACUGAACUAACGGCUCUGGCGUUAUCGCGCCACAGAGAGACAGACACAGAACACAGAGCGCAUCGGACUGGACGGCCAAGGCUGGAAUUACAGUUUGUAUGUUGAAGCUUCAAUUUUCCACACUGCAAUAUGUCUAAUCUUGUGUGUGAGAAAAACAAAAAACAAAAAAAAAGGAGCUGCUCUAUCAGAGUG